AUGUUUUAUCUCCCAAAUGAAGAUGCUGCUCUUUCAUGUACUUCAGCCUUCAAGGCUAAGCUUUCUUCCAUGUCAAUAUCUCAAUCUUUUGUCUCACAGUGCAUGAAUGGGAGUAAUGAUUUUGUCGUUAAGCCUUCGAGUUGUGGAGGUAUUGUCACGAUGAAAGAUUGGAUGGAAAAAGUAGGUCCAAAUAGCCUACUUGACUCAUCUUGUACUGGUGACCUUGCAGGGCUUACUAGGUGCAGUUUGUGUCUUGAUGCUGGUUUGAAGGUAAAUACUUAUUUGGUUUCUUUGAAUCCAAAUGUUACAAAUGAUAAGUGUUUUUAUUUCACUGCCAUUUAUGCUGCUGCUAUUGUUAGUGAAUUUGGACCUGAGGAUUCAAGAACUGCUGCAUGUGUGCUUGCCCUUCCCUUGGCUAACAAGGCAAGUAGAUCGCGCCAUCUUAGCAGAGGGACUUCGUUAAAAAUGGUUUUCGGGUUUUUAGGUACUUUCUUUGGGAUUUUGGGUGUUAUAGUUUUCAUUGUUCUUUACAAGAAAUGGGAUAAGAAGAGAAAGCAAGAUGCAUUUCAUCAAGGGUAUGUUACUAGUGUUAAGUCCCAAAUUUUGCCCAAUACUGGUGCUAAGUGGUUUCAAGUAGGUGAGCUUGAACAAGCCACUAAAGGAUUCUCCCAAAGGAAUAUGAUAGGUCAAGGAGGGAGUGGAAGUGUCUAUAAAGGGACCCUUUCUGAUGGUACCUUAAUUGCUGUGAAGAAAAUUCUUGAUAUGGAUAGUAAGGGUGAUGAGGAGUUUAUUAAUGAAGCAGAGAUUAUAAGCAAGAUUAGGCAUAGGAAUCUUCUUCCUCUAAGAGGAUUUUGUGUUACAAGUGACAACUUGAAUGGAAAAGGGAGAUAUUUGGUGUAUGAUUUCAUGCCAAAUGGUAGCUUAGAUGAUCAUCUAUUCAACGUUGGAACGAAACGUUUAUCUUGGCCUCAAAGAAAGAACAUAAUUCUUGAUGUGGCUAAAGGGCUAGCUUACUUGCAUUUUGGAAUCAAACCUUCAAUUUACCACCGCGAUAUAAAGGCUACAAAUAUACUCUUGGACAUGGAUAUGAAGGCAAGAGUUGCAGAUUUCGGAUUAGCUAAGCAAAGCAAAGAAGGACAAACUCAUCUUACAACAAGGGUGGCUGGCACAUAUGGAUAUCUAGCACCCGAAUAUGCUCUUUACGGGCAGUUAACAGAGAAGAGUGAUGUAUAUAGCUUUGGUAUCGUGAUCCUCGAGAUCAUGAGUGGAAGGAGGGUUCUUGAUGCAUCGAAUUCUUCUGCACUUUUGGUCACUGAUUGGGCAUGGACAAUGGUGAAAUCAAGAAACGUGGAAGGCGUUUUCGAUGUGUCUAUAAAGGAUGAAGGACCAGAGAGAGUUAUGGAGAGAUUUGUUCAUGUUGGAAUACUUUGUGCUCAUGUUAUGGUGGCUUUAAGACCAACAAUUGAAGAUGCUUUGAGAAUGCUUGAAGGAGAUAUUGAUAUUCCAAGAUUACCAGAUAGGCCACUUCCCCUUGGUUUUGAGUCAUUGGAAUCAUUAUCAUUACACAGUGAUAGAUUCAGAGAUAUUUCAGUUAGCAGCAGCAGUAACAGCUUAUCAAGGUAUAUACAAAAAUAG